GGUGCUUUGAGUAUUGCGUUAGCGCAGCCGCUGCACGAGAGCGCGCUUCCAAUGCCCUUAGGUGCGCGUUCCCGUGCCACUGCCGCCAUCUUGGCGUCUGUCUGUCCGGGGCCGGGACACACCCGGAUGCCGGGGCCGGACCGGGAUAAUGGGUCCCUGCUGGCGAAUUUGACGCCGGCGUGCCCGAUUUGGACGUCGGCGACCAUAAUUGGUGUUUGGAAGGUGAACAACCCCUUUAAUGUUAUAUAGUUCUAGCCUGUUCCCCUACAGUUGCCAUUUACAUUAGACUGUACAUUCUUGCAAGCAGGACCCUUCAUUGAAAGUGAAUGUCUUGCUGUAAAGGGUGUCCGCGUGAUUGUCAGCCAGGUCCUAGGAGGACAGAAGAUGUCCCGAAGGAAACAAACAACUCCAAAUAAAGUACAUUGGGAACAAGUGUUUGCUGGUUUGGAGCAGCAGGCCCGUGAAGCUAUAAUGAAAACAGACAUUGUGAAACAAGAACUCUCUGACUUUGGUCAGCAUGAGAGGAGUAGUAGUGAUAGCGAAGCAGAGGAUACCACUAUUGAUGAACUGUCCUCCCCCACCUCAGAGGAAGAUCACUUGGAGAGAGGAGUGAAAGAGGAACCUGGAGUCAGCAGAAGUAGCACAGAAAAUGACCUUUCUGGAGAAAUGGCUUCUGUAGGCACCCAGGAUUCUGAUUUAUUUAUUUGCCCGUUAUGUCAGCUGGAUUGUGAAACUCAAGAGCAGCUGAUCACUCAUGUAUAUCAGCAUACAGCUGCAGUUGUCAGUGCUAAAAGCUACCUGUGUCCUGUGUGUGGGCGAGCACUCAGCUCUCCAGGGUCAUUGGGACGGCAUCUGUUGAUUCAUUCAGAAGAUCAGCUUUCCAACUGUGCUUUAUGUGGAGCACAGUUCUCCACUCAUGCUACCUUCAACAGUGAAAAGUUGCCAGAGGUUUUGUCACAGGAUACUUGGAACCAGAAUAAUCACAAUGGCUCCAGCAGUUGUGAGGGAAAGAACCUGGAAACCAGUGCAGUUUAUCCUGCUGGUAUCUUACUUAUUUGCAACAAUUGUGUGGCUUAUAGGAAGCUGAUGACUGACCAGACACCUGGAGUCCGUAAAUGGGCAGCUCGCAGACAGAAUGAGCCUACUGAGGCAAGAGUGCUGCGAUUGGAGCGAGAGCGAACAGCUAAGAAAAGCAGGCGUGAUAGUGAGACUCCAGAAGAGCGUGAGUUGCGUAGGAUGAGGGACAGAGAGGCCAAAAGGCAGCAAAGGAUGCAAGAAACGGAUGAGCAGCGGGCAAAGCGCUUACAGCGGGAUCGUGAGGCCAUGCGUAUGAAACGGGCCAAUGAGACACCAGAGAAACGCCAGGCAAGAUUAAUUAGAGAACGAGAAGCCAAGCGGUUGAAAAGAAGAUUGGAAAAAAUGGACAUGAUGCUGCGAGCACAGUUUGGGCAGGACCCCACAGCUAUGGCAGCUUUAGCAGAAAUGAACUUUUUUCAGCUUCCUGUAGGGAACUCUGACCUAGAUCAACAAUUUCUAGGGAAGAUGGAGCUUGAAGGUCAGAAUAACUGUACUCUGCCUUGACCCCUACUCAGGCUGUUUGGUUUUCUGUUUUUUUUAUGCGGCAAGCUGUGUUUGCCUUAAUCUUAAAUGGCACAAAUUACAAUGCCUGUCAGAAUGUGAAACUCUUUGAACCCCUCUAGCCCCAUCGCUGCUGAGAUACCUGGAUAUGAGCAUUUUGUUGCCCCUCUGUAUUUACUGUAUUUAAACAGAAAGUCAUUGUGAUGGAUCUCAUCCAUCUACCAGUGCUGUCUGUCGCUCAGGAUUUGGAAUCUCUUGGGGGGGAAAGUCUUUGGUUAUUUGGCUUUUUGUCUGUCAUACCUUUGCUACAGGGUAUGAAUCACCAGGUAUGGACUAUAUACUUGGAUUCCAAAAAAAGGUUCCACUCUGAACCUAUGCUGUGUGUUAAACAGGGUAUAAAAUACAGACUUCUCAUUAAUAUGUCAGCUCUUUUGUCAUGUAUACAAAACAUUUCUGUUGUAGGUGUGAGAGUAUUUGUUCUUUUUCUUCUUGCACAUCGCCAUGGCAAUGCACAAUGUAGCGUUGAUGAUGCUCCUUCCCAUGCUGGAUAAUUACCCAGUAUUGAAUAUACAUACAUACACACUCCUCAAUACACACUUUAAAAGAAAUAUAAUGCAAGUAAUAUGGAAGGAGUUUUAAAGAAAAAUAUACCUUGCAUGCAAGUAGAACUUUUGUAUUGGACAGUCAAGUGUAAAGGUUUGGUGGAUAUGCCUUCUCUGUAUGUCAUUAUUUUAUAUGAGAUCGAAGUGGCAAAUAACCAGUAGACCAUUUGAAGGGCUGUCUUGUCUAUUGCCACUUGGGAUGCUGCUUUACCACUAAAAAAAUAACCAGCCAAGGUGAAGAGAAUCACAGAUUGUACUGCAUGAAUGCAAAUAUGCAAAGAAGAAAAAAUAUUUACAUGUAAUCAACUAUGCUUUCAUUCUUUUUUGUUUAGGAAAAAAUACUGGAAGAUAAGUGCUACAUAUUUAACACAUUUAAAUUAUUUUCUUUUCCUUCCUUACCGAGAACAUUAUAAAGUGACAUGCAAUUUUUUAAGGGAAAUUGUGUCAUUCUGAAUCUCAUGCACAUGUCAAAGUUCCCUGAAUACAUGCUAUUGAGUGCAACUUUUAUUGUAUGAAUUGUAAGCCUCACUACAGCUCCAUUCUGAACAGUUCUUUUGCUUCUGUUUGAGUACUGUAACCUAAAUGAAAAGGGAAGGACAUCACUUUUUUCUUUAAAGAAAUAAAAUCGCAUCCAGGCAAUCGUGGAUUUAAAAGA